AUGGUCACAAUAUUUCAAAGACCAGCUGGUCUUUCCUUAAAGGUCCCUGAAGACAUCCAGGAGGAUCAUUUGCCCAUGGAAGAUGCUGAACUGGAGGAACUGUUGAAACCUUUUUCUCAGACAUGCUGGUCAGAGGAGAAUUGCAGCCAGAGUCUGAAGUUGGAUGAUGAUGAAAUUGUAGAAAGCGCCACUGUAACUCAUUGGGGUACACAACCGUCUGGCACUGAUAUUGAGGCAAAUGAAAAGAAAAAAAUUGAGUUGAACAGAACCAAGCUGGAUGUCUCUUUAAAAUCAAACAGGAGCAACACUAAAUCUGAUGAAGAUUUUCUCGUUCUCUCAUUUGCGAAGCUAGACCAGUGGGAUUUAGAUGAUGUCCUCCAAAAUCUCAAACAGGAUACGGCACCUCUACAACAAGGCGUUUCAGGGGAACUUCUAAAACUACAUGCAGAUGGUGACAAGGACAGGUCCCAAGGGGAUAUAAUGGAGAAGCUAGUUGCUUUCUCCAAGAACCAGUCUGCAUCAGAUCUUGUGACAAGUUCUAACCACAUUAGACAGAAUAAUGUGUGCAACAAAUCAUUUGAAAACAUGGCAGAAAAGUUGCAGUUGAGCCACCAGGAAUGUCCCACAGUUUAUAUUGACUUGCGCUGCCCUGAUCCUUCAAUAAAACCACCAAGAACAUCCCUGAAGCUUUCAUCAGAUUACAAGUCACCGGCCAAACACAACACUCACCAGGAAACACCACCUGCAGAGAAACCCAAUCUUAAAGUGCAUGUUGGAUCACAGGCGGGGGACAGAAAAGUGACUGGAAAGAGUAUGUUGCUUCAGAAAAUAAGAGAGAUGAAUGGAAGUGGAAAUAAAUAUCCCAAAGCACCAAAGCAGCAACGAGACCAACAACAGAAAAAGCAAGUGAAGCAACGUGAACAACACCAGCAAAUUCUUAAGGAGUUGAGACUACAUCGUCCAACUAAAUCGGUCAGAGAAAAGCAGCCAGCUGCUGAAAAGACUGAUGUUCUUUAUGAUUUUGAAGCGUCUCAUCUCCAGCCAAUCAGUACUCUUCCAGCAGAUAUUGAAAGUAAAGGGUGCAUGCAGCUUAUUGUCAGCCUCUCCAGUCCUGGUAUGGCUGAAAGCAGAUCUCAUGGAAAAAGAAAAUAUCUGGAUCCUGCAACCAAAGCAAAUGUGUACAACUCUCUAGUGGCUUGGUUUCUGUUUCUGGUUGGUCCCGACCCUCGUCAUGAUGAAGACGGAGUCCCGUUUUGGGUUGCAGGACUCCAGCAGCUGUGGACUGAGGACGGGCUAGCUUUGCAUGUUUUAGCUGUAGCUCGUCACAGUUAUACACCGAGGAAACGGGACACAGACAUCCAUGAACCUUUCUAUAAACAUGUCUGCAGAUUCCUCUCUGAGACCUCUCUCACUUCAAUUGCCCACUGGCUACAUCCAACCUCACCCAUCUACCUGCCUUCUUCUUAUUUAAAUUGUUUUAUCUCUGCCACCUCAAACAAAAAGGUUAUAGAUAGGACAUUUGGUCUCAGUCCAGGGUUUUACUGGCAGACUGUGGAAACUCAGGAGUGUGUUUGUAAGGGGAGAGAGACCACACAAGAGCUGGACACAGAGGUAUCAUUCACUCUGUGGUGUGCCCUUUCACUACAGCCCAUCUUUGCACACUAUAUCCUCCAGCUUGUCCUUGACUCAGGACUCGAUGUGUGUGGUCUGCGGCUCCUUUAUCCACCACAGGGGGUCCUGAGUAACUGUCCUGGUGCUGAAGCAGUUAUCCAAAGUGCCGAGACUUCCGUGCCAGUCCUUGCUCUAGCUGUUCGGGGCCCUCAUGCUCACUCAGUGUUGAAGGAUUUAACCAAUUCUUUAGAUUCAGUGCUGGUCAUGAAGACAGAUCCACUUUCUAAAAACCUAAACCACUGCAGAGGUCAAGGAUCUCCACUCUUGUACUUCCCUCAACUGGCCAGUCAAGUCCACAGAGAGCUGUGCUUCUGGUUUUCAGGACGGCUUCGAGGAGGAAGGCCAGAGGAUCACAGGCAGCUUCUGAAUAAGGUUGACAGAGUCGGACGCAGCAUGUUCAAUGUAAGAUCAUCCGCCCUUCUGUGUGCUACAAUUAAAGGCGACAUGCUUCUUGUGGUGUCACCUAUUGUGCCUCUGUGUUGCUACGCCCUAAUUUUGGCUGUAUGCAAGCGUAGAGGCUUCAGUCUGAGAGGGCUGCAGAGGCUGCAGUUGCAAAGUAGUGGAGCUGCAGUCCUGGGACUCAGCAACCAGCAGGCCCUUGUGUAUUGCAGUCCACCUACUGUAACUCCACAUCAGGACGAGCCAGUGUUGCCUUGUCACUGUCUAGUGGUGAUUCUCAGGAAAGAAAAUGCAUCGUGUCACAGUGUUAAUCUGGCAGCAGCCCUAAUGAGAGAAUUCAAGGCACAACAGUCUCUGGGUUGCAUCCGCUCCAGACUUGAUGAUGGUCAGGCUGUGGAGCCAAGCUUGUGCUUCCACACUGUGCCCUACAACAGUCACCUGUUUCAUAUGUUUGUUAGGUGUAUGUGGGCAGUGCCAAAUCCUUCUGAUGUGAUCCUGCUCCGGCAGAAGUGUCCAUUCAAGUCUGACAUGGACCAGGUGGUUAUUUUGACCCUGUGUGGAAAGGACAUGAGUCAAGGCCUGAACCUCCUACACGUACUGCUGACAGAAAGGCCACAAGCGUUUGAACUGCUUGGCCUGAAGUGGCUGCCUGCAUUGACUCGACUUCAUGCCCAGGAACUGAGUCCGUAUGAGGUUGGAGAGCAGCUCUACCAAGGCAGUCUGCACAGUCUGAUGUCAUCUUCUGCACUAGUGUGCGCUCUCAGACGAGUGGAUGCUUUUGCUUCACUGCAGAAGAUCCUACAGCACGAUUAUCAUUGUGACCUGAGUGUCCUGAUGUCACCCACACCUGAAGUGGCUUUCAGACAAGCCUCCCUCUUCUUCUUUGACCAUGAAAUGAUUCCUGAUCCACAGAUGCUGCUCACUGUGUUCCUCUUCAAACCGAGCGUCUGGAAUCACACUGUGGCUACAAUACUCCGCAAACUCCAGCAGAGCGGUCUAAUGUUGGUGGGCCUGCAAGUAGCGACUCUGGACAAAAGUGAUGCUAACUCACUGCUGUCUGCAGAAAAUGACCCCUCAGACUUGGAGGCUCGUGUGAAGUUCCUGUGCUCUGGCUGGUCAUUGGCUGUCUGCCUCAAGGGGGAAAAUGCUGUGCAGAGGCUUCUGGACAUGCUGGGCCAGGAGGACUCAUCCCUGUGGACAGCCUGCUAUGGAUCAGGAACCUAUCAGAGAGCAAUUCAGGAUGUCAAGAGGCUUUUCCCAGAAGGGCUCUGCUGUGCUGAGACCAGCACAAUGAGACAGGAGCAGAUACUUAGCCUGUGUUCAGACCCUUUAGCCUCUGUAGAACGUAAGCAAAGCUGCACAUUGGCCCCUGCAGCCAAGGAAGGUCUGUCACCUCUGAUGGCGUCAGGACCAAAUGGAGGGACCCUGAUAAACACCACUCUCUGGCAAACAACAUGUUUGUUGCUACCCAUAAAUGCCUCAACACUCAGCCAAGUGCCAUCUCAGCUAGACAUGCUGGAGCAGCUGUUGAGGUCAGGCUGCCAUCUGGUGGCAGGGAGGUUAAGCAUACUAGAUAAGGAGCAAAGGCAACACAUCGCCAGGACACUGAAGCGAUUAUCAAGUGAAGACGAGAGGGUGGCUCAUCUUCACUUGACCCCCUGCCUCAUUAUUGCUCUUCAGGGGGAGAAGAUUGUGACCUGCUUUAACUUGAUUCUCCAAAGCAUUUACAAGGAAAGGUCGGACCUACAGAAAGUGGGGGAAAUGAUGAUCUACCCAGAAAGUGAGAAAGAGGCUGAACAGCUGAUCUGCUACCUGUUUGAUGUCUUGUCUCCUGAGAGCUGUUACACCAUUGCACUUAAGUGUCCACUUGACUUUUUAGGCACCCGCAAUCUUCUAAAAAGGUGUUUUGUAGGUUGUGUUUGA